GUGUUGAAGGAGAAGCUGAGUUUGUGACAGCAACAAAAUGACCCGACAAUAUAAUUUUUAAAUAAAAAAUGCACAAUUUUUUUGACCGCUUACCACAAUGUGAGCCAGCCACCAAGAACCGAAAAUGACACCGUUGCCUUCAGAUAAUUGCAAAAGAAAGAUCGUCUUUUCCCGCAGUUGCAGCUCCACGAUACCACAAUUGAUCCACCAAAUCCACAAAAAAAGACCGCCGUUUUUUACGAUUCCGUUGUCUCUUUCAAUUAUUCCUUGAUUUUUUGAACAUUUUUGUCCGUUUGAUUUCUAGAGAUACACAGAUUGAUCAGCGCCACCUAGGGUUUUGCUGUUCUUGUUCUCUAGGCAUUUUCAUUUUGAUUUUUGGCCCCAAUUUGUAGAUUUAAUUUAAGGGCUCGUAUUUUGGGGGGAGAAAUGACAUCAACGUUUGAUAGAUGGGAAAAAGAUCCGUUUUUCUCUGCUGCGGAGGACGUUCAGGAAUCUUCCGACAGGAUGGAAUCAACAUAUAGAACAUGGAUUCAUGCGAUCAAGGAGCCCUCCGGUUCUUGGAAUUUGGAUGAGCUUCGGAGAGAUCUUCAAACAACCCUUGGCACAACCAAGUGGCAGUUGGAAGAAUUUGGACGUGCUGUAAGAUCGAGUUACCCAAAUAGUGGAUCAGCUGAUGAUGCAAAGGAUAGGCAUCGGGAUUUCAUUGUUGCAAUAGAGAAUCAAGUAAAAAAAGUUGAAACCUCUUUGAAAGAAUCGACAGUACGACAAGGCAAGCCACCAUUGCCUUGGGUGCGGUUGGAUGAAGGAGAACGAAAUGAGCUUGCAUUGUUUCUUUCAGGACAAUCAUUAUCUUCCCCAAAUAAACUCUUUGGAAAGCAUCAGCAGGGGCAGGAAAAUUCGCUAGAGGGUGAUCAACAAGUGAAUAAUGAGUGUUCGAGGAGUUCAUCUCAUUUGGUUGAAUUGGCUCAAGUAGAGGGCAAGGGGGACAAGUUUUCAGGUCAUCGGAGGACAGCUAGUGCAAGUGCAGACAUUGGCUCAUGGAAGAUUGCUGUAGCUGAUGAUGUUCUACACGAUUCAUCUAGUGCAAAGCCUGAUCGUCCCCCACGAAAGAUACCUAGUUUUUCAGGAUUCUUAAAUAGCAUGGAAUCGUCCAUGUCGCAAUUGAAGUGGUCAAAGAACGGUUACAAGAAACUAAAGCCUACAGAUGGGCCUCAGGAUGCUGGUGCUACAUUACCUAGAGCCCAGAUUUUGACUAGAGGCAUUAAUACGUGCUAUGAGAAGAGUAAAAGUUGCCUUGAAGGCUGUGAUGAUUAUGAAAAACAAUGGUAUGGUUGGUAUGGUAGUAUCCAGAGACAGCUUCAGAGAUCCCAAUAUCACGUGCAAUAUAGUCGGCCUGUCCAAUUUGUUUUCUCCGUCAUUCUCAUACUCUGCCUACUCGUCUUAUUGGCGUUGCGUGCAAUCUGAGGGGGAGAGCUUCGUUUCUCCAUUCUAAUUCAGGAUUCAUCUGUUGUAAAAUCAGAUAGUUGGGGGAUUGCUUUACCAUGCCCUAAACAGAUGAUACACAGCAUUCAUUGAACUAUUUUGAUGAGAACUGUAAUUUAGCAUUCAUGAUUAUGCCAGAGCUGCUUUGGCAACAUCACAACUACCCGUUUUUGUUUCUUCUGGGCGAUGAGGCUUGUUGUAAUGUUGUAUUUUUGGAGCUGCUGUUGUAGUAUCGAUCUUUCCACUUCAGAAACUUAAAUGUCAUAGUCGCUUCUGUUGUAUCAUUGGUUUCAUGUAUCGAAGGCAACUUGUAUAUAAAUUUUCGUGACUUGUGUAUAUUGAUUUCCGUUUGAACUAGGAAAGGCCAAUAUUGUGUAGUUA